CAAGGUUUCUGGUCAUACUUAUAUAAAGUUUAUAAAACUAAUCAUGAUUAUUUUGUUGAAUUUGGAAUUGUUGAUAAAUUUAAUAAGUACAUGUACACAGUAGCGAAUGUUUAUUUUAUUUCAAACUUUACAAAUGUUAAUAAUGAAUUUCAUCAGUAUCAAAUAAAUGAUACAAAUAGUUUAUCGGGACGGAUACUAUCUUUUGAGAAUAAGGCAUUUAAUUUUAGUUUACCAAGAUUACCAAAACUACUCCAAUUUUUUACAACUUGGCGUUGUAUUAUCUGGAAAAUAAAUGUUAUAAAGAUACUAUCUAAAGAUUGUUCUAUUAAAUUUAUAGUUAACCAAGAAACAGAUUCUAAAUCUAUUCGGAAUGUUCACAUUUUAAAAUUUCAAGAUUUGUCAAAACUUGAAGGAUUAGGUUGGAUUGAAUAUUCUUUUAAAAUAUCUAAAAUACCUGAAAUCAAUACAGGAAAAUGGUGGUUACAACCUUCAAUUGAAGUAAAUGGCUUUAUUAAUAUGCAAAUAGAUUAUAUUCGAUUUAUGUAUGAUAAUUAUAGGAAAGAAAUUUAUUUUCCUAAAAUGGGACAUCUAUUGCCAAUUCACAAAAUUCGCCCAAAUGUUCCAGAAGCUUUUAAGGACAAGUAUUUUUCAAGAAAGGAGAUGGAAAACCUGCUUGAAUUAAAAGAUAUAAUUGACAAUUUAUGAUUAUUGUGUAUUAUUUAUUAUAAAUAAUAUAUUUUAGUACUAAAUAUACUUUAUUUGAUAUUUUCUUAUAAAAUAUAAUCUUCCAGUUAUUUAAU